GCUACCAAGUUUCUAUAACAACUCACUUACUCAUCACUAAGUUUUAGAGAAGGCAAAGGAAACAUGGUGAGUGUAAGUGAGAUCCGUAAGGCUCAAAGGGCUGAAGGACCUGCCACUAUUAUGGCCAUUGGCACUGCUACCCCUGCAAAUUGUGUUGAUCAGAGUACUUACCCUGAUUACUACUUUAGAGUCACAAAUAGUGACCAUAUGACUGAACUCAAAGAAAAAUUUCAACGCAUGUGUGACAAGUCAAUGAUCAAGAAAAGGUACAUGUAUUUGACUGAGGAGAUACUAAAAGAAAAUCCAAACAUGUGUGCAUACAUGGCACCAUCAAUUGAUGCAAGGCAAGACAUGGUGGUGGUAGAGGUACGUGGGGGCAACCAAAAUCGAAGAUCACACACUUGAUAUUUUGCACCACCAGUGGUGUUGACAUGCCCGGUGCCGAUUACCAACUCACCAAACUCUUGGGCCUUCGCCCUUAUGUCAAGCGUUACAUGAUGUACCAACAAGGCUGCUUUGCAGGUGGUACGGUGCUUCGUUUGGCAAAAGAUUUGGCUGAGAACAACAAAGGUGCACGUGUGUUAGUUGUUUGUUCUGAAAUAACCGCCGUAACAUUCCGUGGUCCAAGUGACACACACCUGGACAGCCUUGUUGGUCAAGCACUCUUCGGAGACGGCGCAGCCGCCCUCAUCGUUGGUUCGGAUCCACUCCCGGAAAUCGAGAAGCCUAUAUUUGAGCUCAUUUGGACGGCUCAAACCAUUGCCCCCGACAGCGAAGGCGCCAUCGACGGCCACCUUCGCGAAGUGGGUCUAACUUUUCACCUUCUUAAGGACGUGCCUGGAAUUGUGUCAAAGAACAUUGACAAGGCAUUGGCUGAGGCCUUCAACCCUUUGGAAAUCCAUGAUUAUAACUCGAUAUUUUGGAUUGCACAUCCGGGUGGACCGGCAAUUUUGGACCAGGUUGAAGCUAAGGUGCAAUUGAAACCUGAGAAGAUGAGAGCCACUAGACAUGUUCUUAGUGAAUAUGGUAACAUGUCAAGUGCAUGUGUUUUGUUCAUCUUGGAUGAGAUGAGAAAGAAUUCAGCUCAAGAAGGAUUUAAAACCACUGGUGAAGGACUCGAAUGGGGUGUUUUGUUUGGAUUUGGUCCUGGUCUCACUAUUGAAACGGUUGUUCUUCGCAGCGUGCCUAUUUAAUUUCAUCAGAUUAUGAUGAAUAUGGUAUUAUCUAUCAUAUUUUGCUUUAUUAUUAUUAAUGUGUUUUUGGUUCAUUAAUUUUGUUUGUUUAUGUUCCAAAUCAAGUUGUAAUAUGGCUAAUUAAUGGCCUUGUAAUAAUCUCUUAGUUGAUGGCAUUGCUUAAUAUAUUAUCUAUCAUUUUAUGUUUUUUGGGUUUA